AUGAUGCAGUGGCAGCAGAGAGUGCAGAUGCCACCCCCUUCCCUCCUGGCAUCCCCUGGGAUAGAGCUUGGUACCCCCUUGGAGAUAGGAAUGGGAGUUCCCUUACAUCGAAUCAAGUGGAUCCGAACUCUAUAUGGAGAACCUCCUUCAUCUGACACUCUCAUUGACUUUGAAAAUCCUACAAGGAAACCCAUGCCUUAUGGACAUGUGAUUGCAGCUCGAAUAACUUCAGAAAACCCAGAUGAAGGUUUCAAGCCAAGUUCAGGAGGUCUUCAAGAAUUGAAUUUCCGGUCUUCAAAAAAUGUUUGGGGUUACUUCAGUGUUGCUGCAUCAGGAGGUCUCCAUGAAUUUGCAGACUCCCAAUUUGGCCAUUGCUUCUCUUGGGGAGAGACACGAGAAGAUGCUUGCCAAAAUUUGGUGGUUGCAUUGAAGGAGUUGAGCAUCCGAGGAGACUUCCGUACCAUAGUGGAGUAUCUUGUCAGCCUGUUGGAGAAGGAAGAUUUCAUGAAAAAUCGAUUUGAUACCAAUUGGUUGGAUGAGUUAAUAGCAGAAAGGGUGAAGCCUGGAAAGCCAGACACGAUGCUAGCUGUAGUGUGUGGUGCACUUCAUGUUGCAGAUCAAGUCAUCUUGAAUUCUUUCCAAAGUUUUCAGAACUCCCUUGAGAGGGGUCAGGUUCUUCCUGCUCAUACCCUGAAUAAUGCAGUGGAAGUGGAACUCAUCCUGGAUGGAAUCAAAUAUGUUGUUCAGGCCACCAAGACUGGAGCUUCCUCAUAUUUUCUUUCCUUGAAUGAUUCGUGCAAGGAGGCUGAAGUGCAUCGAAUGAAUGAUGGAGGACUUCUUCUUUCUGUGGAUGGAGCUAGCUAUACAACAUACAUGAAGGAGGAGAUUGAUAGUCUCAGAAUCGUCAUAGGAAAUCAAACAUGCAUUUUUGAGAAAGAGAAUGAUCCAACAGUGUUGCGUUCAUCCUCAGCUGGGAAGUUGUUGGGCUACCUGGUGGAAGAUGGUGGUCAUGUCUUUGCUGGCCAAGCUUAUGCUGAAAUUGAGGUUAUGAAAAUGGUGACAACUCUCACAGUAAAUGAGAGUGGAUGUAUAUGGUACUCAAAGCGUCCUGGAGCAGUUCUAGAUGCUGGAACAAUAAUAGCCCGUCUGGAUGUAGAUGAUCCAACAAGAGUCACCAAGGCCCAGUUAUUCAGUGGGAGUUUUGCCCCAAAUCCUGAUAUGGCAUUGCCCUCUGUCCCCCUGAAACUAAAUCAAGUUUUUGCUGCUGCAAAGGCUACACUGGAGAACAUCUUGCAGGGAGGCUUAAUCCUCUUCCGAGACUAUGGCCUUUAUGACAUGGCUCAGCUUCGCUUCAAGAAGGGUCGGUGUCUUGCUCAAAAUUUUUAUGUCAGAGGAGAUGGAACAAGAGUCUACUUCUUUACACAGGAGGAAGUCCACAAGUUGAUGGAAUCUGCUGGCUUGAAGAAGCUUCAGAAUCUCAUGGACAAGCGUCUCCAAGUGAAUCGGGGGAAGCAAGUAACCAUGUACAGAGUCUGGAUUCAGGCCAAAUACCAAAAACCAAGAUGACAGAUACAUGGCUGCUGGAGUUUUUCUUGCCGAUGCCAUUUUUGUUACCAUCAAAAUUAGAAAAAUGACUUGAACUGAUUGAAGUUAUAAUUCAUGAAGUGUUGAAAGGGUAUUAACAUUGUUGUGAUACCCUUUUAAGGUACUAUGGGAACAUAAAAAUCGACCCCCCUGGAUCAAAAUUCCGCUUUAUAAUUGUUGUAAGGGAUCUCAAGAAAGGGCCUUUUGGAGCUGAUUGUUGGCUCGCUCAGGUCACCCCCGGGGCCAUGAUCUGUGGUCAAAGGUCAAAAUUUGCAUGCUUCUCUUUGAAAAUCUCCAUCUCCCCAACCCUUGGUCGCAGAAACGUCAAAUUUGCACCAUUCUCCUUGAGACAUACAGCGCUACAUGGAAAAAAAAUAAAUACUCGUAUGCAACUGUCGUUCCCGAGAC